GCAGCAGAAGCAGAAGCAGAAGCAGCACCUUCUUCUCCCCUUUGGCUAGCCCAGGCCCGGCCGCACUAUGCAUCCCAAGGGCCGCGGCGGGGGCACCCUCCUCCUCCUCCUCCUCCUCCUCCCCUUCCUCGCCCUCCUUGCCUUGGGGGCCACGGAUGCCCACCUCGUGCCACGGCUCUCCUUCCAGAAAGGGGACCCCCGCCGCCUGGUCUCCUCCUUCAGCCACAGCGGGGUCCAGAACUACGACGUCUUCCUCCUGAGCCCGGACGGGGACACCCUCUUUGUCGGGGCACGGGACGCCAUCUUGGCCCUCGACAUCACACGGCCGGGAGACAUACGGGUCAAGGGAGAGAUCCCAUGGAGCCCCCCCGCCAGCAAGAAGGAGGAGUGCGUCUUCAAGAAGAAAAGCAACGAGACGGAGUGCUUCAACUUCCUGCGCGUGCUGGUGCCUUUGAACGCGAGCCACCUCUACGCCUGCGGGACCUUCGCCUUCAGCCCCACCUGCGCCUUCCUGGACCUGGCGAACUUCACGCUGGUGAGCGACGCCAAGGGGCACCCGCUGCUGCAGGAAGGCAAGGGCCUCUGCCCCUUCGACCCCCGGCACCAGAACACCGCCACCGUCGUGGACGGAGAGCUCUACGCGGGGACCAUGAACAACUUCCAGGGCAACGAGCCCAUCAUCUCCCGGACCCUCGGCACGCGCACCCCCCUCAAGACGGACAGCUUCCUCACCUGGCUCCACCCGGACGCGUCGUUUGUGGGCUCGUUCAGCCCUGCAGCCUUUGACCCGGAGGCGGAGGGCAAGGUCUACUUCUUCUUCUCGGAGACCGGGAAGGAGUUCGACUUCUUCGAGCGGCUGACCGUCCCCCGCGUGGCCCGCGUCUGCAAGAACGACGUGGGCGGGGACAAGGUCUUACAGAAGAAGUGGACGACCUUCCUGAAGGCGGGGCUCUCCUGUAGCCAAGGCAACGGGCACUUCCCCUUCACCCUCCUCCGCCACGUGGCCCCCCUCCACCAGGCACAAGGGGGCCCCACGCUCCUCUACGGGGCCUUCGCUUCGCAAUGGCAAGGGGGCUCUUCCUCGCCCUCCUCCUCGGCGGUGUGUGCCUUCAGCCUAUCCUCCAUCCAGCGUGCCUUUGAGGGCAAGUACAAGGAGCUGAACAAGGACUGCUCCCGGUGGGUGACCUACAGUGGGCCCCCCAUGGAGCCACGGCCCGGAAGCUGUGGUGUGGGCCCCUCCUCAGACAAGGCCUUGACCUUCAUGAAGGACCACUUCCUGAUGGAGGAGCGCGUGGCCCCGGUCCUCGGGCGGCCCCUCCUGGUGGCACAGGGGCCCCCCUACUCGCGCCUCGCCCUCCACACCACUCGCCUCGCCAACGGGAAGGCAAUCACCGUCCUCUUCCUGGGAACAGAGGGAGGCUUCCUGCACAAGGCGGUCUCCCUGGAAGGUGGCCAGGCCCACAUCGUGGAGGAGGUCCAGCUCUUUGAGCGGCCCGAGCCCGUGCGCAACCUCCUCCUCGACCCCAAAAAGGGGAGGCUCUUUGUGGGCCACUCGGAGGGGGUGCUGGAGGUCCCCCUGGCCAACUGCAGCCAGCACCUCUCCUGCGCCCAGUGCGUCCUGGCCCGGGACCCCUUCUGCGCCUGGGACGGGACCCAAUGCAGGGACAUCACGCGGGAAGGAGAAGGGGGCCACCACCAAGGAGGAGGGGAACCACCCCAAAACAGGACGCAGUGGGCGCAGGACGUGGAGGGGGGCCACCCGGAGCCCCUCUGCCCCCCCAGCACAGCCGCCAAGGGCCGGUCGGGGCCCCGGACCAGCCACCCUAUGGGCCUCCCUGUGACAGAGUUGCGUGGGCCCUUGCACUCCCUGGUGCGCCUUCCUUGCCCGCGGGCCUCGGCCCUGGCCAACUACUCCUGGACGCUCCCUGCGGCCACUCCACCCUCGGCCGCGCUGGUGGUGUCCGAAGAGGAAGCGGGUGGAGUGUCUGGCGGUGGCGCUGGGGGUGGCCUGGUGGUUCUGGUGGGCCGGGAGGCGCUGGGCCCGUUCACCUGCUGGGCCUCGGAGAACGGCUUCCGGCACCCGGUGGCCCUCUUCCGCGUCCUGCCUUCCUCUUCCUCUUCCUCUUCCUCGGAGGACGCCGACCGUCCCGAGCUGUCCGGCGCGGCGGGGAAGGGUCACCGCUCGGAGCCGAUGUCCAGGCGGCGCUCCUACUGGGUCCAGUUUGUGACGGUGACGGUGCUGCUGGCGGUGACGCUGACGGUGGCGGCCGCGCUGGGCUUCUUCUCCUUCUACGAGGCGGCCAAGGCCAGGAGCAAAGUCCGGGGCGUGGAGGGCGCGGCGGCCCCCGAGGGCGGCGGUCAAGCGGCGUCCGGGCAGGAGAAGGCCCCGCUCAACGGGAAUGAUGGGCACGGCCGCGCCACCACCACCAAGUCAUGCUGCGUCCAAGUGGACAUCGACGCCGAGAACAACCGCUUGACCGCGGACAACGAGGAGGACGGAGAAGCCAAGCACGUGGCGGCCGUGGACAUCUAGGCUGACCCCCGGACGGACAAGGGCCAAAGGCCACGGGGACCCCACC